UGGUUUCUGGAAAACAAUCCUCCUAAAGCUCUAAAAAUCCAGCUUAUUGUUGCCUGCCCUGCUUUUGAGUGAACAAGAGGAAAACAUGCACACACAAUUUGGAUAUUCCUGGGAAACUACAGGAUGCCACAGUAACAUGAAGAAACCAAGGUCCCGAGAACACACAGCCCUUUGCCUACUAGCUUGGAGUUGCCUAGAAUUUGCUUUGGGUGAAUCUCUUGAAUCCCCAGCCAGCACGCCUGGAGAGGAGACUAGCAUAAGGACCUUCUUAAUAGAAACUGCAAAUGGGACUUCUGAACAGAGCAACUUUUCAGCUCCAUGUGCAGCUCUCCCCCCACCAAGCCAUGGAUUUAUGUAUAUUGAUGAAGGCUCUGGCAGCUCUCUGGGCUCAGUUGUUAUCUACUGGUGCAGAGAGGGCUAUCAGCUUGUGGGCAAUGGAAAGCUAACUUGCUUGCUGAAAGGACAUCUCUCCUACUGGAGUCAUCCUCCACCACACUGUGAAGUGAUCCCAAAGCCACUGGACAAAGGCUUCCGAGUGGCUGUUAUAGCCUCUCUCAUCAGUGGAGUGAUCAUUGUUACCAUGUCCAUCUCGUUUGCUGUUUGCUGCCUGCGAGACAGAAUGCUGAGAGGAACUGAACAUGGGUAUGGAACUGGUGAAGGGUAAGUAA